AUGAAUGAGUACAUACAACACCGAAAGAGAACUGAUGUUCCAACUAAGAACAUUGCAACAAUUAUUGGCAAACAACCAGGAGAUAACAUCUGGAUCCUGAUUGAAGGGACUUUUAUUAAUGAAGUUGGUGAGCUCCUGAAACCAGAGGACACCAAUUACAUUUGGCUGUCAAGCAUUUAUUCCCAUUCCACUAUUGCCGCACUACACAGCAGGUGUGAAGUUGCAACACCACUUACACCAAUGGCAUUAGAGCCCCUAAUCCUAAAACUAUUUCCACUUUUGGAACACAAUGCCUUUAGUGCCAUCUUAAUGUUGGAUGCAGGAGCCAUGUCUUGGCAUUACCUCACCAUUUUGGAAAAUAACAAGAAUUGCCCAGUUGCCGUAGCAUACGGACCAUCUGGCACUGGAAAGACAACAGGAUUAUUUGCAGCACUGAGCAUUAUUGGUGCUCAUGAACCUAAUUUUUACUCCCGAGGUACCAAAGAAAGCUACAUCUCCAUCCUGUCAAAGCAGACUGUGCCAAUUGGAUUGGAUGAUCCCCAAUCAAGUAAAAAUGUUAGUGAGCUGCUCAUUGACUUAUUUGGAGGAGCAAUGAGCAAGGGUAUAACAAGAGGAGUACAACAGCCCAUUGGAACUGUAAUUGCUUCAGCAAAUUUUACUCCAACUGAUAGUGCCAGGUAA